UCGUCUCGCUUUUAAUCGUUGCAAGCAGAAAACAGUACAGUUGACGGUCACCCAAAUCGAUUCAAUCAAUGCAAAAAACUUGUUAUCCAUUAUCCAUGCUUCUUUCAAAUCAAUUAUCAAAAUGAGAACAGUUUCAAACAAACCUCAAUCCGAAUCAGUCGAUUGUAGAGCAAUAUCCUGACGACUGUUUACAUAAUGUUUCUAAUACUACUGGGAAUCAUUGGAGCCUUGCUUGCAUGGCAAUAUCUGAAGCUACUCUUAGCCGGUAGUUAUGCCACCAAAAUCGAAUCGUUCCGCCCGUCGUAUCCAGUUCUCGGUCAUCUUACACUAUUUUGGGGCAAAAAUAGUUGCGAAGCGUUCUCUUCGGCAACGCGGUUAUUUGCAACUGUGGACCGAUUAGGGAAGGUGAUGCUCGGUCCGAAACCUUUGAUUGUGGUCCAUCAUCCCGAGGUGAUGCAGCAAGUGUUGAGCCGCCACGAUCUUUACGAUAAGCCAUUUUUCUACGAUUUUCUUCGGCUAGGAAGCGGACUGAUCACCGAACGAUCCGGUGAGCGAUGGCUUCAAGCGCGAAAACUGCUGAACCCAACUUUCAACACGCGUAUGCUAACGGGAUUUCUGCCUAUCAUGGAUUCCGAAGCUAGACGGCUAAGCAACGGGCUAGAACCGCUGGCCGAUGGCAAAACCGAGAUCGACAUCUUUAAAUACAUUUCUAGCUGUACAUUGAGCAUGGUUUUCAGCACCACCAUGGGUCAGAAUGGGAAGGAAAUCCCCGGUCAACAGGAUUACGUCAGAAGCUUGGAAGAUCUUAUGAAUGCGGUUGGGGAACGAAUCAUGAAUGUUAACCAUUUCAUCGGUCCCAUUUAUCGAUUCUCCAAAGCGUACCGAGUUCACCAGAAGGCAAGUGAAGUUUGCAAUGGGUUUACCCAUCGGAUAGUGCAGAAACGACGAUUUGAAAUACAGAAGCUCGGUGAAAACUUCCAUCAGAAGGAUGAAUACAUCAAACAAUCGCUGAACGCUUUGGAUCAGAUUAUCACAAUUAAGAAACAAGAUGGAAGCGGAUUUUCAGACACAGAAGUUAACGAGCAUUUGUAUUCGUUGAUAGGAGCUGCUAAUGAUACUUCCGCCCUAACAGCGGCCUACACGUGUCUUUACUUGGCGAUGUACCCGGAAAUCCAGAACAAAGUGGUAAAUGAAAUGAAUCAGGUAUUCUACUCUCCUGAAGUGGAAGUCAACUUGGAAACCUUGAAACAACUCGAGUACACCGAAAUGGUCAUCAAGGAGAUCCUGCGUCUGUUCCCAGCAGUUCCACUCGGUGCUCGCCAGACGGCCAACGAAAUCGUGCUCGAUGGAAUACGCAUCCCGAAGGAUCAGAUCAUAGUCUACAGUUUGUACACAUUACAUCGUCGGAAGGAUAUCUGGGGACCUGAUCCAGACCAGUUUGAUCCGGAACGGUUCCUAUCGGAAGCGAUACAAGCACGUCACCCAUUUGCCUAUCUACCGUUCAGUGGAGGUCUUCGCAACUGUAUCGGACACCGUUAUGCAAUGAAUUCCAUGAGGAUAAUGUUGCUGCGGAUUUUGCAGAAGUUUGAAAUCAGGACCAAUAUGAAACCAAUGGAGUUGAAACUGAAGUUUGAAAUUACUCUUAAGCUAGAUGGUCCUCACAGGGUGUGGUUGGUGAAGAGAAAUAAAUGAUUGUUCUGAUUGAAUACCACAUUAAAGAUUUUUUUAU